UUAUUUCAGACUACUCCGACAACACCAUAAUUUAAUCUUUUUCAGGUUUAGGCAAAGCCGCCGUAUUGUAUGUGUGAAUUUGUGUAUUAAAGAAACUCCGUUGAACUGAGUCCAAAUGUAUUACGUGCAAGAUCUCCUGGCUUAUAGGACCGGAACUUUCGGGAAGCUAUGGUUUGUGGCGCACCAGGGAAAACUGAAGAAUCGGAGAGAUUAUGAGUCGAUAGAGGUAGCCAAGAAAUGCGAGGAGUUGCUGAAGCAUUUUCCAUUCGCCAUGACGACUGUGUCCCUGCUCGAGAGCUACUCGCUUCACGGAGUUCCGCUCUCGAUACGAACUUGUUCACAUCUGAUGUUCGGAAUUGUUCUUGUGUUCCAUAAACAGAUGGAGUAUCUCUACCAAGACUCUCAGAGGUUCCUGGCUAAUCUGAAACCUAUGAAACUUAGUUUGAAGGAGCCGAAAAGGAAGGACCUGGCGUUUUCGAAUGAUUUCAUUCUGGACAACCCGCCACUACCGGAGAACUGGGAGCUGGAGAUGAUAUCGCCCACUGAGCAGGCGAGGCUGCUUGAAAAAAGCCAAAAUGUGGAGAAUCCUUUUCUGAAUCUAAAUGCCUCUCACUUGGUCGAUGAUAUCAGGGACAUUACUCUACGAGAGGAAGGACGCGACUCAAGAUUGGCGGCGUCGAGUAUGUAUCGGUUUCCGAGAGAGAUUGAAGGUUUGGAUCCGGAUGACCAGGCACUGACCGAGGAGGAGAAGCGACAACAAUGGGUACUCAUGAACAGCUCUACUGACGUUAUUGCCGAGUACCUCAGCUCCAAUGUUUUUCCUCCCCUCCCCCACGUAGAUCCAGGGGUGGGUGACCUCUUAGGAAUUAUGGACUUGCAGAAUCUGCAGACUCAAGUGGGGUUGGAACUGCAGCAGCAACAGGAAGAGAGAUCAAAUGCUGUUUCAAAAGAGAUUCAGAGGAUUCAGAAGUGGUCUCCAUCAGGGGCGAAAUGCGCGAGGAUCUCAGAGUGUGAGGGAAUGCCACUCAUCCACAAAGGAAGCAGUUUAAAAGAUAAAAAAGCACAUGCAAGUGAGGAGAACAGGGAAAAUAUCAAUCAAUUGGGAUUGAACUUAGAUGUUACAAACUAUUGUGACGUUUCAAUGGGACUCAGCGGCACGCUCCAUGGCCCGUCAGUGCUGGGUGAAAAUAUCAACCUGUACAAUGCUGGACUCUCCGUUUCGUUGCCUCGGGUGGAAACGCCACUGACUAGAACCAGUUCGUCCCAACCUCUAAAUCGGGAGAUGCUAAGUGAAGCUGCUGCAAGAACGAGCGAAACAGAGGGAAUAGAAAAAUCUAAGUUUCCGAAAAGAGUGACACCUCUAGUUGAGAUGGACCAAAGCGAGAUCCCUCAUCGCACCUGGAAGCGAGACUCAAUUUUAGGUCGAGUGAGCGAAAGCAGAUCAAUUCAGCCUCACCCGUUUAUGUUGCAAGACACCUUGGACAGAAGAUCUAAGCGUAGACCAAAGCAUAUCGACUUUGGUCCGAUUCGAAUCAGUGACAGAGCUAUGAAAAGAUGUCUUACGGACUCGAGCGAUAUUGUGCGACCGUUCGUUCCGGCUCCUUUGAGCUUUGAUUUGAAAGCGGAUGAACUUGUGACUUCGGCAGGAAGGGCUUCUACGUUGGGAAGCGAGCUGAAAAGAGUUUGGGGUGAAGCUUUCGGGAGUCGCGGAGAUUUUUCGCAGCCUGAACUGCCGUUAGCUGAAUUGCCUUCGCUAGGUUUGCCGAGUGCUGAAGUCAUUCGAGAAGCUCCUUCGGACAACAACACAAAGAACACAACUGAACCACUAGCUACAUCAGGUCGUCAAGUAGCCGAACUAUCUAAGUCGAGUGCUGAAUUAGCCGAUCAACACUUGCUGUCGUUUGAAAAUUCAGAGCUUACAAGGACUAUGGUGGUUGAAAAUGAAACUCUAAGAACAAUUCAAGAAGGAAGAGAAACGUCGCUUGUAUCGAAUCCUGUUUUUCCUCAAGAAAAUUCUCUGGCGCCACCGGUUUCUGGUGCCAGAAAUUCAGUUAGGACUGGCCUUGAUAGUUCAUUGGACUUCGAUAGUAGCUUGUCGAUGAAUAAAAAUGAUGAGGUUAUAUUUGAAAGGGUUGGAAAAUUAGUCGAGGCUUCGAAAGAUGAAAAUGAAAGAGUCUUCGGUCGCUCUGGUACGAUCUUGUUCAGUCAAUUGUGUCCAGUGACAUCGUGUAAGAAGCGGGAAGCUUGUCGGGCAUUCUACUCUCUGCUCAAUAUUGCGAAAGCUGAAAAGAUUGAAGUUGAUCAACCAAGGGUAUCUGAAGCAAGAAAGAUCAGAGAUCCUAUUUAUGUGAAGGUGGCCAGAGUUGAAGGCAGAAUCUACUCUUGAAACUAAGUAGUUGAUUUGCUUUGAACAUGGAAUCGCGGAGUUCAAAAAUGAAAAGUUCGGACUCAAAGUCGGAAGUGACUCAAGAAUCGAUAAUGUGAUCAAAAACGGAGCUGUCUUAGUUACUGUUUUGGAAGUUGUUUGUUGAACUUGUUUUUGGUUAAGUUGCGUUAUAUGUUUUCAGUUUGGUUCAUUGUUGAUUAUAAUAUAUCCAAAGAUAUGAAUGUAAAACGUUGAACGUUUGUUAAUUUCAAAUUUGUUAAUCAGAAACCAAGUAGUUGAUUUUAUUUUACUCUGGAUGACCGGAUAGGUUUUUUUGUAAAUUUCAUUUCAUGAUUAGAUCAAAACUAUUCUAUUUUAUGAUACGA